AGCACAUCUGCCCUUCACACUGAGGCGUGGCCAGUCACAGCGAACAGGUGGGCGACUGAGUGCAGCUGCAGACAGACAGACUUCAUCCACAGGAUUCCGACUCUAACACCGUCUUUUCUCUCUGCUAGAUCUGCAAACACAACUGCUUCAACAUGCCAAAGUGCCCUAAGUGCCAGAAGGAGGUCUACUUCGCCGAGAAGGUGACAUCACUCGGUAAGGACUGGCACAGGCCCUGUCUGAGGUGUGAGAAGUGCAACAAGACACUGACAUCAGGCUCACAUGCAGAGCAUGAAGGGAAACCAUACUGUAACAAGCCCUGCUAUUCUGCACUGUUUGGACCUCAAGGAUUUGGACGUGGUGGAACAGAGAGCCACACCUAUAAAUAGAAAGGAGCUGUAAGGUGUUGCCUGGAAACUAGAUCGAAGACAUCAGCAUGGUCACAAGUCCCGAUAUCAAUCAGACUCAUUCAGGAGCAACACUUUGUGUGCAUCACUUUUAUUUUUAAUGUUUUUGAUCCGUGUUAUAAAGAUGGAUUGUAUAUUUCCAUGAUGCAUAAUGAAGAGGUUGGCAUCUAGUCCCUUCCUGUUUUUAAGAUGGAAAAUCUUAAUAAACACUUUCUAAAGUUG